GAGGAGGAGGAGGAGGAGGAGGAGGAGGAGGAUGCCGCCGCCGCCGCCACCCGCGGGCCCCCGGCGAGCCUGACUCCAGACCGAGGAUGGAGCCGGCGCUGGGCGCUGCAGCAGCUCCCGGCGCUCCCGCCACCAGGUAGCUGCUGUGUGUGCUGCAUAUGGUUGGAAGAAGACCCCUGUCCCCAGCUGUUCCUUUGGAACGACCUUCUCGACCUGAAGGCCUGGGGCGAUCGGCCUGCAUCACAGGACCGGUUGAAUUCUAGAAGACCCCGUGCCUUGGAGCAGCAGCCCCAUGACGGUGCCCAGCCAUGCAAUGUUCCUGGAAGGCUGUCCUCCUCCUUGCCCUGGCCUCCAUUGCCAUCCAGUACACAGCCAUCCGCACGUUCACUGCCAAAUCUUUCCACACCUGCCCUGGGCUGACAGAGACUGGGUUAGCAGAGCGGCCCUGCGAGGAAGGCCCCACCUUCUCCUAUAACCUCUCCAGGAAGACCCAUGUGCUCAUCCUGGCCACCACACGCAGCGGCUCCUCCUUCGUGGGCCAGCUCUUCAACCAGCACAUGGACGUCUUCUACCUGUUUGAGCCCCUCUACCACGUCCAGAACACACUCAUUCCCCGCUUUACCCAGGGCAAGAGCCCCGCAGACCGCAGGGUCAUGCUGGGCGCCAGCCGGGACCUGCUGAGGAGCCUUUAUGACUGCGAUCUCUACUUUCUGGAGAAUUACAUCAAACCACCUCCCGUGAACCACACCACCGACAGGGUCUUCCGCCGAGGAGCCAGCAGGGUCCUCUGCUCCCGUCCAGUGUGCGACCCUCCAGGGUCCCCUGACCUGAUUCUGGAGGAAGGGGACUGCGUGCGCAAGUGCGGCCUGCUGAACCUGACCUUGGCAGCUGAGGCCUGUCGAGAGCGCAGCCAUGUGGCCAUCAAGACCGUGCGGGUGCCUGAAGUGAACGACUUGCGGGCCCUGGUGGAAGACCCCAGGUUGAACCUCAAGGUCAUCCAGCUGGUGAGAGACCCUCGUGGCAUCUUGGCUUCUCGGAGCGAGACCUUCCGGGACACCUACCGACUCUGGCGGCUUUGGUACGGCACGGGGAGGAAGCCCUACAACCUGGACGUGACACAGCUGACCACUGUGUGUGAGGAUUUCUCCAGCUCAGUGUCCACCGGCCUCAUGCGGCCCUCCUGGCUCAAGGGCAAGUACAUGCUGGUACGUUAUGAGGACCUGGCCAGAAACCCAAUGAAGAAAACAGAAGAGAUCUACGAAUUCCUAGGUAUCCCCCUAGAUGGUCACGUGGCGCGCUGGAUCCAGAACAAUACGCGGGGCGACCCCACUUUGGGCAAGCACAAAUUUGGCACAGUGCGUAACUCUGCAGCCACGGCUGAGAAGUGGCGCUUCCGCCUCUCCUAUGACAUCGUGGCCUUUGCCCAGAACGCCUGCCAGCGGGUGCUGGCUCAGCUGGGCUACAAGAUGGCCAAGUCGGAAGAGGAGCUGAAGAACCCGGCCAUCAGCCUCGUGGAGGAGCGCGACUUCCGCCCAUUCUUGUGACCUGGGCAUGGCGGGCGUGGGAGGCAGGUGGCGCUGGUUUUGCUGAUGUGGACCUUCUAUGGGCCGUUUUUUAACUGUUGCCUUAUCUCCCUCCUCCCUCUCCACCCCGCGUGUCUUUUUCAUGCCCUACCCAAUCUCCACCCUCCUCCCUCUCCCACUCUGUCUGUGUGUCCUUCCCCGUGCCCUACUCGCUCCCCUUCCUUUUGCCCCUCCCACACCAGCUGUGCGUCCUUCCUGCCCUUGCCCGUUCCCCUUCCUCCUGCCCCUUUUUGCCCCUGAAAUUUGCACUAUGUCUCUGGAGGGGAAUCACUGGGGCAGAGGGCACGUGAUAUGGCUUAUGUCCCCCCACCCCGUUCAGACACAAGGACGUUGGGUCUCUCUUCGGAUGGGGCCAAUGUUUACAGGCACCCGCUCACACGUUCACGCGUGCGCACAGGCACACGAGGAGAGGCGGCCCGGCACACAACUUCUAGUUUUUGCAAUUGUCUCCUCAAGGUAGGAGGAUGGACACAAAGGGACCACCUCUCCCAGGUUAGGGAAAGGGCCCGCCCCUCCCCAUCCCUGCUCCCCCGCCCUAGACAGUCGCCCCUUCCUCUGGAGCAGGGCGCCUGUCCCUCCUGCACACCCUUGCCUGGUGGUGAGCAGGGUUUUACUGUGAGGUGAACUGGGACUACUUUCUUUCUGUUUGGUUUGUGGUGAGCUUGUCUGUCUGAGUCUUGUGGCUAACCCUGGAUGGCUAAUGAAUCUUAGACGUUUCCGAUUGAUCUUGGGGUCCCUCUGUGAUAUUUCUUUGUGCCAAAAAAAAAAAAAAAAGACAAAAAAUGUGGAUCAGUUUGCUAAAUGAAAAUUGAAAUGCUUUGUGUUUUCUGUAAAUAAAAAUGUGCAGUAC